GGUGGCCGCUCUUAGGUUUCUCUCUGGUUCGGCGGUUGGCGAGUUGGCGUUGUAUAACGAUGCCGGUUGGCAUUCGUAGUUGUCAAAGAUAAAAUAUAUUGUUUGUCGAAAUGGGUCCUGUAUUUUGUAUCAUCUACAUUGCAUUAUUAUCUGCAUAUGCAAGUGCGAACGCACAGCAACAAACCGAGAGUAGCUUAGUGCAACAACUCAACGAGGAUAAUUGGGAUCUCAUGCUCAAGGGAGAAUGGAUGAUUGAAUUUUAUGCACCAUGGUGUCCUGCAUGCAAAGCACUUGAACCAAUCUGGGAGCAUCUUGCAUCAUUAAAGAAGAAUCUUAAUAUUAAUGUUGGGAAAAUAGAUGUGACAGAUUCUCCAGGUCUUAGUGGUAGAUUUAUGGUUACAGCUUUACCUACAAUAUUUCAUGUAAACAAUGGAAUAUUUAGGCAAUAUAGAAGUCCACGAGAUGAAGCCUCAUUAAUUGAAUUUGUAUCCAAAAAGACAUGGACAAAAGUUGAUCCAAUAUCUAGUUGGAAGAGUCCAACUUCAUUUCAUAUGUCAAUUUUAAGUCAAUUUUUUAAACUAUCUCAAGUAUUACGAGGUAUUCAUAACAAACUUUUGGAAGAUAUCGGAUUACCUACAUGGGGCAGUUAUUUAAUUUUUGCUGUUGCAACAAUUAUUUUGGGUGCAAUAUUAGGACUAUUUAUUGUGUGCCUGAUCGACUUUAUUUAUCCACCAAAACCUGCGCAACAGCAAAGUAAAAAGAAACAAGAUGGUACACUGGAUAAUUCCACACAGGAAAGAGGUUUGGAUGAAGAUGAAAUUGCUGAAAACGUCGGAGAUGAUUUAGUGGAUGAAGAGGAAUCUGAAGUAGAAGAACCUGAAACAAAAGAAUCUGAAGUAAAGGAACUUGAAGUGAGUGAAAAGGAUAAGGAUACUAAAACUGAUACAAGUAGUCCUAAUGUUCGCAAACGUAAGCCACGUAAAGCUGAUUAGAGACAAUAUUUUGUUUAAUGUAAAUAUAUUUCACUAUUAUGGAACAGUUACUACUAACUCUUGUGGUAUAUUCCUGCAUUGAGAUAAAAUCAUUCCUGCAUUGCGAUAGUAUAUGAUGUGGCAUAAUAUUUCAAAAUCUAAAUAAGUGCAGUAUAGAUUAAAAAGGACAAUUACUGUCUAUAUUUUACAGUAAAAAGGUAAAGGAAAGAAACUUUUUCCUAACUUAUUAUUGUAAAUGUUUUCUUAUCUACAAAUAUAUUUUUGAAGUUAUGAAAAUAAA